CUGAACUCGAUACCCCCUCCGCAGUCAUUCACCAUGCCAAUCGGCAUCCAACGUCUCAAUGCGAAGAAAUCACAGCCUAAUCCGCACGUUGUCUUCAUCAAGCCGUUAAAAGGACCAGAUGAAAACAUAGCCCAAGAUUUUCUCGAGAGGAUUGCAGCGCAAUGUCUUCCGGUAAUGCGCAAACACCACAUUCACGUCAUGUCACUGGAGGAAUUCCCUCCCAACAGAGAAUUUGUAGGCCGUAAUUUCAAUGCCGGAGAGGUCAUUCAACUCGUGCUCAAGUCUCCUGGUAGUGGCCGGUGGCUUCCGUUCAACUACGUCCAGAUGGUGAUGAUGCAUGAGCUGGCUCACUGCGCGCAAAUGAACCACUCCAGGGCCUUUUGGGCAGUAAGAAACCAGUAUGCUGCACAGAUGCAAGAUCUGUGGGCGGAGGGAUACAAGGGCGAUGGUCUUUGGGGCAGAGGAACCAAACUGGCAACUGGAGAGUGGGAAAGGUACUCUGUUAUGGCAGAUGAAGUACUGCCGGAGCAUCUCUGCGGAGGCACAUAUCGAUCUCGGGGGAGAAAACGCAAGGCCAAACCAGUUUUGACGUACCAGGAGAGAAAGGAGAGAAGGAUCCUCAAGAAAUUCGGCAAGAAUGGAAUCGCGCUAGGGGCAGACGAAGAGGAGAAAGUGAAACUCGAGAAGGGCAAACGCGUCCAAGCAAAACCUAGAGUGGCCGGCAGCUUGCGAGGACGAGAGCUUCGUGCAGCUGCGGCAUUGGCGCGGUUUGAGCAGAGUAAAGAUGAUGCCGCGAAGAAGGAAGAGGAAGAGGGAGAAGGGUUGAGCGACUACGAGGACGAAGACCUGACGGAUUCUAAAGCCGCGGUGGAUCUGGAUGGUACGAGGAUGACGGAUAAGGAUGGCAGCGAUAUGGUUAAGGUGUGCGAAGAUGAAGAUCCGGAUGAUGCUGAUGCGAAGAAGGAGUUUGAUGAAUUACAGGGAUUAUUUGGCAGACGGAAAAUUAAAGAGGAAGCGGGCACAGAGCGAUUGAAUUUACAUCCGCCAAGAAGUCUGGAUCCAGAAGGGGCAGUGAAACAGGAAGAGGAGGAAAGAGAGACGACAAUCAAACCAGAGGUUGCGGCAGACGACGACGGCGCUUCAUCAAAAAACCUGUCGUCUAUACCACACGUCAAGCCAGCACAAAGCAAAACCAUGAUCAAACCAGAGCCAGAAUCAAAUACCAAGGGCCGCCAAGCAUUACUCAAAACUACAUCAACUCCCACCACCCCCACGACGACGGUAAAAACACAAAAGAGCUCAGGUAGUCGCACCGCACCAACCGGCUGCUCAAUGUGCUCCUUUGCAAACCCUGCUUCGGCCGUCACAUGCGCCAUGUGCGCAAACGUCCUUGACCCAAAGCACACGACCGGCUCGUGGCAGUGCAAGAGCGCAUCAUGUGUAGCCACGGCGUACAGGAAUGCGAGGGACUGCGGCGUGUGCGGCUUGUGUGGGCAGAGACGGGGGAUGAAAUAGGGCUUAUUUCCCUUUUUCUAUUCAUGAUGCGGAUAUCAUAUUUACGAGAAGAGGAGUACAAAUGUGUGCAUGUGUUACUACACUACAAGCUCUAAGGCAUAAUGAGGCUGUUCAACGGAAUAUUUUGUCGAUCAUUGUGAGGCUACAGUUUCAGGAUACAAAUGGCCUGUGGCAUUUAUUACACGACUAUGUUGUGCAUUUUACAUUUUUGCGUUUGUUUGUAUUUGGUAUAGAUGUACAUAUAACCCCUAAGAAGGAGUCAUGUUAGUCGAUCAGGGGCUAGUGGCGAACUUGUUCUGUAACAUAUCAUAUCAAUUAAC